CCUGGGGGGGAUAACGUGGUGCCUAGAAAGGACCUGAGUGUCAGAGGCUACAUGGAAAAGUUGCUGAGACUCCUCUAGCACUGUCCUGUAUUUCUUACUUGCGUGGCAUCAAACUGGGAGGAGCGCAGGGAUAAAAGGCAGCAUGGGGCAGGUCCUUUCCUGGCAAGUAGUCAAAAAUUGGCUCUCUUCUAAAGUUCCCCAGGAGAUGCAGUCAGAGGUGCGAGCUCGUUCUAUGGGGCAGUCACAGGUACCAAACCAAAGAUGUCCUGGACAAGAAAGAUUCUAGUCAUCCUGGGAUUCCUCUCUACUUUGGCUGUAAUUGCUUUAAUUGCUGUAGCAGUGACCCAAAACAAGCCACUUCCGAAGAAUAUUAAGUAUGGGAUUGUGCUGGAUGCGGGGUCGUCCCACACUAACCUGUAUGUGUACGAGUGGCCAGCAGAGAAGGAGAAUGACACUGGGGUGGUGCAGCAGGUGGAGGUGUGUAAAGUUGAAGGCCCUGGGAUCUCAGGUUACUCCAAUGCCACGGAGAUGGCAGGUCCCUCUCUGGCAAAGUGCCUACAACAAGCAGAAGUGGUGAUUCCCUCAAAGCAGCAUCAAGAGACACCUGUCUACCUCGGAGCAACUGCCGGCAUGCGCCUUCUCAGCUUGGAGAAUAAAAAUGCAGCUGACAAAGUAUUGUCCUCAGUAGAGAAGACGCUACGUUCAACUCCCUUCAACUUCCAGGGUGCCAGAAUCAUCAGUGGUCAGGAAGAAGGAGCCUAUGGAUGGAUCACCAUUAACUACCUGCUGGGCAAUUUCAAGCAGUCUGGCUGGACAAAACUACUACAUUCUCUAAAAUCCAUAAGUGAGACUUCAGGAGCACUAGACCUCGGAGGAGCCUCAACACAGAUUACCUUUGUACCAAAUGAACGCUAUUCUGAGUCCUUAGAGAACCUGCUCUACUUCCGUCUCUAUGGCAAGGAUUACCUAGUGUACACGCACAGCUUUCUCUGCUAUGGGAAGGACCAGGCUCUGCAAAAGAAACUGGCCAGGGACAUACAGACCGUGGAGAACAGCAGCCUCCUUGAUCCGUGCUUUCACCAGGGGUAUCAGAGGACAAUAAAUAUAAAUGAGCUCUUCAAAAACCCUUGUACAUCAGCCGAGAAAAAGCAAUUCCCUUUCAGCCAGCUCUACAUACAGGGAGAGGGGGAUUAUCAAAAGUGUCGAGGAAACAUCCAGAAACUCUUUAAUAAAAGUGGUUGCCCUUACUCCAGUUGCUCCUUCAAUGGGAUAUACCUACCUCCAUUACAAGGGGAUUUUGGGGCUUUUUCUGCUUUCUACUUUGUGAUGAACUUUUUGAACCUGACCCAUGAACAAAGCCCCAUUGCCCUGGACAAAGUGGCCAGCACCAUUGAGAGCUUCUGUGCCCGGCCUUGGCAUGAGGUGAAGACAACAUACCACCAAAUAAAAGAAAAGUACUUGAGUGAAUAUUGCUUCUCUGGAGCCUACAUCCUCUCUCUCCUGGAAGAUGGCUACAAAUUCACUGAAAAGAACUGGCAAAGGAUCCACUUCCUUGGAAAGAUUGGCAGCAGCGAUGCAGGCUGGACCCUGGGCUACAUGCUGAAUCUGACCAACAUGAUCCCCGCAGAGGAGCCCGCCAUGCCCCCUCUUUCCCACGGCAGCUACGUGGGGCUGAUGGUGCUGAGCUCCCUCGUGCUGGUGUCUGUGCUCCUACUUGCCUGGCUUCUCUUCCACAAGCCCAAGUGCCUGCAGAAGGGGAUUGUUUAGGAAGAGCUUUGGUGGGAGGGGGCCAUGCCACCUGGCCACUCAGGGCUAGCGAGACCCCGGCAAAGCAGGCGAUACUGCAGAGCCCUUCUCACCUCUCACUGAAGCUACUGACUGUGUACAACAAGGGCAUUUAUUCCUUCCGACUCACACUUGCACUGACAGAUGUCGGGACAUCAGGCUCGCCAACUCUUUCUGCCAAGGACAGACAAGUGGAUGUCCCCUCCUUGAAUGGGUCGUACCUUCAUUCGAUGAAACUUUGCUGCUUGUUGGUCUUUGCCUCAUGCACAGCAUUAUAAACAGAAAAGCGGCAGCAAUCUUUAGGAGCCAGUGCUCCUGCAAGGGUAAUCUCAGGGUCACACAUCCCACUGAGCUCUUGGGAGUGAUCACAUGCAGGGUGAUCCCACUCCUCCUCCACUGAAGCUGUUCCCGAGAGCCCUUCCCACACCAGCACGCCUCCGCUUCCCUCCCUGAGCCCUCGCAGCCCUACAGCCAGGUACGGCCACCUGCACCCAGCUGGCCCCCAAAGGCUAGCCACUCUGGGACAAGGAGGGAUGAGGAUGAAGAAACUGAGCAUACUGGUGGUUAUCAGCCCUCGGCUGGGCUCUGGUGGCUGUCUGCUCCUUUCACAGGUGGCAAGAAGCCUCAUUCCCACGUCUUCCUGAUGUUGUUGCUGGACCAAAGCUGGCUCACUGUUACACUGAGCCAUUCCCAUACCCCUAGGGUGUAUCAAGACAUGAGUGCCCAGCCAGGCGUUGAUGAUUUUUGUAGGAAUUGCUCAUACUGGCUGAGGAUUCUUGACCAGUAGCAAGUGCUUAUGCCUAGAGGGACUCUGGUGUCAUCAGCAUGCCUACAGGUAUACAGCCACUAAAGAAAUCCAGUGUCACUGUGCUGAUCAUACAGCAGCCUCUGAUCUAGGGAAAAUGUUUAUUAAGUCAUGUUCUUUUACAAAUAGACAGCUGGCAGCAGUUAAGCAGCACGAGCACGCACAGAUUGAACCACUCUUUCCACCAGCAAAAUCAGUGAAAAUUUGCCUUUCCUUCCCUCAUGGUUUAGGCUUAUCCCAUGACCAUAAGACCCAGGGCUUGUGAGUGCACAUACUGCAGCCCAUCUUCUAGCACACAGCUAGGGUGAUGCUACUGAUCAGGUUUAUGAAUCACUUUCUUCCAUUUUCCAUUCCUUGCUCCAAAAAAAGAAGAGAGGUAAGUCAGAAAUCCAUUUUUAUAAAAACACUUGGAAACCACUGGUGCCUGUCUACCUCCCACAAAAUCUCAGAAAUCUCUUCUCAUAAUGACCUAUAAAUGCUGGAGGCCAAAAGAAAGCAGAUAUUGUGGAGAGAAAGGCAUGGCAAACACAUACCUUCACCUGUUUCCCCGAGCAAAGCUGUAGAAGGUGCAGAGGGGAUCAGGGAGUACAACCCCAGUAAAGCUUUCUCCUUCGAGCAAGGACAGAUACAGAGCUCGUGGUUUUCAUGUUUUCCCAGCCUGUCCCUCUGCACAGUGCAGGCUGGAAAAUGUCUCCCAGUUAUUUCUCUUUCAUGCCUGGAAGUAGGAGCCAUAAUGUAUUGAAGGACCUAAAGGUAAGGGAAAAAUCUACCCUGUCUUGUGGUAAGAUCUUUGGUCAGUUCAUUAUUCUUCCAAAAAUCUGUGUCUUAUUUUUGCUCUGAAUUAGCUGGCUUCAGUUUCUGUUGGAUCUUGUUCUGCCCAUUUCAGAAAGACUAAGUAACUCUGCUAUCAAAAUCCCUUUUCCUUCUUGGUGCUUGCAAGUUGCAAUUGUAUCAUAUUAAAUAGAUUGAUCUUCAAUCUAAAGUGCCCUGUGCUGACCUCACUUGCAGCUCAUGAGUCCACUUCUUUGAAAAUUGUCACAUCUUUCUGAAAUUUGGAGACCAAAGUUUUCAGCAGCGAGUGGUAGUAGAGUUGCUAAUAGUGUACAUAAAAGUAACACCCUCUGGUUUUGAUCUAUACUCUAUGUUCCCCAUUCAUAUAUCUCAGGGCCAGGCCUGCUCACUUUUGAGAAAGUUUUGGGGCUGUUUUGUCCAGUUGGACUAUUGCAACUUGGCUUUUUUUCCUGGUCAUUGCAUUCCAGAAUCGCCGCUGUCUCGCACCAUACAUCACUGUCUCUCAACAUGAGCCGCUUUGCCUUCCCUGUGGCUCCACUAAAAUUUGUACUAUUCCAAGAAUAUUCCCCCAAGCAAGUGAUCCAGAUCAAUGCGCCAAUGACAAUUCCCUACACUGUCCAUUGACCAGUUUUUGUUUUCUCUGCAAAUACACUGAGGUGUUGGAAUUCAACUAGAGACGGAGUCUUCCUUCUGUUGUUCUCAGCAAAGAUAGGUAGAUGAGAGAUUAUCAGUACUUUUUGGUCACGGCUGGAAGGCAUGCAGGAGGAGCAUGUGAUCAGAGCUGCUUCAGCUGCCAGUCAGCCCCGCUUGCCACACACCUUCCUUGCAUACAGAGUAUUCAUAGCAGGGCAGUUGCCCUGGAGAAGCUCCCCAUAUUACCUGGUGUGUCCUUCUUCCCCAUGAUCAGCGUGGAAACCUGCAGAAUGGUAACUCCUCUCCUGAGACCUCCUUGGGGAUCUGGCAGCUGCUUAGUCAUGCCUGUGAUGUUGGAACUGGCAGAUCCAUUGGAUGCAGAAACUCCACGUGGAAGCUGGUGUGGAGAGAAAGCCUGCGCCAGUCUGCUUUUCUGGUCCCUCCUAAGGGUUUAUGCCAAAGGAAAAGCUCAAAUAUAGAACCUGGGAGAAGAGCUUUAGCAAUGUUUUGUAUUUUUAUUGCAAGUCCCAUGGUAUUAAUAUUGUUAGCUCUUGAGUCUGGAGUAGGUGAUCAGCUGGUAUUUUUGCUUAUUCCCUCCUGCCUUCCUUCUUGGUUUUUGGUUUGAGUUUUGUUUUUCUUAAAUUUGUAAAUGCGACUUGAGCGCAACCUAAGGGCCCCGAACUAAGAUCAAUACAAAAUAUGUUACAUUAUUUUUAAACCUUAUGACUUUUAGAUCACAUUUAUGAGUGAAUCUCUCCAGAACUAGAAUUUCUAAGGUGACACCAGACAUGCCAUUUAAAAAUCACUUGAGCAGGCUGAGGCUCCAGGAACUGGUUGACUGAAGGCAUCCUAUCAGGGUGAGACCCUUGCAUAUCACUGGCUGUACGUGAACCUUCACAGAAAAGCAUAUGUUUUUUUUCUCCCCAUUUCUCCUGCUAUUGCAGGAUUUUAUCCACGCAGGCUACUCAAAAUCCUUGGUCAAAGAGUUCAAGUUCAAUGAACAUCCAUUUCUUUGCUUCUGUGCUGCAUCUGACCCAGCUGCAUCCACCUCAAAUGUGUGUUCCAGAGCCACUCAAUGCGUACGUGAACACCAUUAAUGACAGCGGGGGGAAUUUCCAAAUAUGCCAGUAAUAAUGUGGCAUUACUUCUCUUGUUAAUGCAGUUGAUCUGCCUCGCUGAUAAUUAUCUGUGCCUUAUUUCUAAUUCGAUAGCUUCUGGCUUUAAUUUCCAGCCACUGGCUCCUGUACAGUUUUGCUCUUCUGGGUUAAAGCAUCUGUUAACACCACGCGUUCCUGCCUUGCAAAUAUUUAUUCACUGAUGAGCUCCGCUGGGCUGCCAAGACUCCAGACCUUGGUCUUUUUUGCCACAGGAAGCCCUGAGACGUGCUGCAGCAAGGUGGGAUGAGUGUCUCUGGUUUGGGUUCAAAUGUUGAGUGGUCUGUUUUUGAUAGCUUUGCAGGGUGCGGGAGCAGUCUGGUGUCUCUGGGACUGAUGACUUUCACGAGCUCUCUCGUGUUCACCCAAGUGUCAGGUCUGAGGCAAAACUAUCAAUGAGGCUGAGAUUUUCAGGAGUCAGAAGAGAAAGCCUGGGUGCCUGCAGCACACUCACCUCUUGCAGAAAACAGCCGGUCCCCACCACAGGCUCUAAGCACCCUUCACUCUCCUCCCCAACACAGCCAGCUCUCCUCUGUGCACAGGCUACAGCUGAUUUCUCUGGCCCUACAGCAAAGCACAGUGGAGCCUCCGCUUGGAAGAAGGCUCUUGGAAGUGGGGCCAUUGCCUCUGCAGUGAGAGGCUGAUUUGCAAUGUUGAUGCAGGCCGGGAUGCCCCAGCUUCUCCAAAAGCAGCUCUCAGCUGGAUGGUGCCCCCUUCUCAGCUGUCCCAGUUCUUCCCAUGCUCUGCGCCAGGGGGACGUGCAGGCUCUGCGGGGCUGCCAGCUGCGUCGCAGGGCUCAGCAGCCUGUUCAGGAGGGGCUGGGGGGGUACACUGAGGACAACAGUCCCUGCCACCCCGGCCACACGCUUUCUUUUUGCGGCUUGGCCCUGAUGAAAUGGAUCUUUGUUUUGAUGCUCGUACAAAUCUCUGUAUCUUUAUCACAAUAAAGACUUCUGAACUGA